GUGCGUUUUACGUAUUUGUUGCAUUUAGUGGAAUAUUGGUCAUAUUCUGUUCAGCAAUUAGGCAUGUCGAUCUUGGCAAGGAACGCAAGAAAACAAUUGAAUGAAUAUACAUUGAAGCAAUCAAUGCUUACAAUAUUCCAACAAGUUGAUGUCCAUGUUUGGCAAAAUAUCUAGUGUUGCGAUGUGCCAAUAUUGCAAAUAUAUAUGGUACAUAGUUCCAUUACUAUUUGCUAUAUGUGGUUCCAGAUAUAUGGAGUUGCAAAGCUAACGAAAAAGGGAGGCGAGAGAAGGGAGAAAAGAAAACUAUAGAUGCCGCACGCUACCUUCUUUGAAGAUUUCGUCGUUAUGCGGUAUCUGGGCGCAUCGGCGAAGCGAGAGCUGCAGGCUGUGAUUGUAAUAAUCACAGGCUUCCACCGGAUAUCUUCAUCAAUUCAGCGUGGGAGCCGCUCUCACUGUUGGUUGAUGUGGCAACUAACAUGGUGUCACCAUGAUUGCCAUCACCGGCUGCGCAACAGUACUAACGUCUCUACCUAGAUUUCCUUCUGUUGACUGCUUCCCCGAGUGCAUGUCGGGUUCAGGCGGUAAACCCGGCUGUCUAGUGUCUAGGCAAUCUAAUCGACAGCGGUUCCAGCAGCAGCAGCAACCACAGUUUGGACGACUUCCUGAAGAUGAAAUAGCGUCCAGUGAGGAGCGCAAAGAGCUUGCCUUGCGCCAGGCAGAAGGUACAAGUCUGCAAGCACUAGCGUGUGCUUUUCGAACACCACCCAGGAUGCAAUUUUGGCAACUUCCUCGGAGCCUCGAGGGGCUGAAGCGCCAGGACUUUAAUCCGGUCUCGCUUGCAUUGGAGAUGAUGGACUCAAGCUCGCUAGGAAAGAGCUACGACGAAUUCCAGCAGUACCACAUGCUCUUGAAUGAGUCUUUGGACGGCAUUGUGAAUGAAUACUAUGGUGGGUUCAACAACUCGAUUCUGACGUUCAGCGGGUUGCACGACAAGAUCCAGGGCGCGUCAGGCUCGGUCAACCACGUCAAGAACAACUUGUACAAAGUACGGCGCAUGAUUACGGAGGAGCGCAGCAGCCUAGACCAGUUGUACACCAAGAGCAACCAACUGGGGUCGAUUGUAGCCAUCCUGGAUCGCCUGGAGGAGAUCAAGAGGUUGCCCGAGGAAAUCGCAGGGUACGUGCGCGAGAAGAAGUUCUUGACUGCUGUCAGCAAACUUGUGCAAGAUAUGCAGUUUGUGUUGGACCCGGAACUGAAUCCGAUUGACGCGCUGGCUGGGCUGCGUCAGCAGCUGGAGAAGGAGAAGGCAGACUUGCUACAGAUUAUUAUCGAUGAGCUGCACAGCCACAUUUACUUGAAGAGCCCAUACUGCGAGCGCAAGAUGGGUACCGAGGGCGAGGACGAUGGGAGCUCUGAGGAAGCAGUCGACGGCAGCAAUACUGGUAGCGGUAGCGCAAAGCCACGCAGGGCAGGUAGACGCGAUGGCAGGCGUGCAAAGGGUGCCACAGCCAAGGGCAAUUCUGCCAACGAUAGCGGCGAUGAGGACAACCCUGAGGCUGACUCGUUUGCAUACGUCGAGAUGCUUCUGGAGAGCCUGGUUACGCUCGACAACACGAGCGAAGCAAUGCAGGAGAUCAAGAGCUCGGUCAGCCUGGAAUUGUCUCGUCUGAUCGAUGGUAUCGUAGCCGAAGUCGAAGAGCGCAACAGGGCGCUGAUUACAAAGACGAGCAGCAGUAGCAACCAGCAACAGCAGCAGUCCCAGGAGGAGACCAUGGGCCAGGACACGGACCGCGAAAUCUUGAUUGACUUUGCACGCAUACUGUUUGCCCGACUUGAAACUGUACUCGAGUACCACGACUUUGUGCUUGACGUUAUGCAUAGCAUGGACCGCCGCGAACGGUAUUCAAUAGUUUCUUCGCCAGGUACCAGUAAUGGCGUGCUGGGCGAUCGGUCACGGCGCACGCGGCUGUACACAAUCUUGGAUGUGUGGAGUGCCAUGAAAACCGAGAUCCUGUCAAUUCUUAAAGACUAUCUGGUACCAGUCGAUACUCAGGCCCUGAGCAAUGUCGAUAUCACGCGUACCAGCGGCAUGCGGUCAGGAAUGAAGGACCUGUUCCAUAUGGAGAGCACUGACGAGAUGGCGAGCGCAGUUGAAUCCAUGUACGCGCAGAUCGAAAGCCGCUUCCAGGAUAUGACUGUAUCGAUUGCUGGCAAGCGUAAGGAUAUUGGUCUCACAACAGUUGUGGACGAGUACUCGGACCAGCAGAACGGGCUGCAGCACACGAUGCUGGUGCCUGCCAACAUAGACCAUGCGCCGACGAUGCUCAAUCUGGCGUUGCAGUUCACCCGACGCAUCCGGCCCAUGCUGGCCACGGCUCUGACAGCAGCAAUGGCGCGCCGCAGCAUGCUUGCUGGCGACCAGGCAUCGCAGAACCGCAUGUCGAUGCAGGUGCCUGGGUCUGGGUCCCCGAACAAGGAGCCUGAGGCUGAGGAAUACUUGCAUAUUUUCUUCAAGAGCGUUUUUUUGCCGUGUGCUGAAGCACAUGCAAUGCGCAGGUUUGACGCGAUCACCACCUCCAGCGAUGCGUUCCAGGUCGACUUGAAUACGCACUGGAAUGGGCGGCCGAUAUUCCGCAGUGCUGCUGUUCUGGUGCCGCUGUUCCGCAGCUUCAGCCGACUGCUCAACAGCCUGAACCUUCUGCGCGGCGAGAACUGGAAUAUUCUGCUGCAGAUGUCUGGCAGAUUCUACGAGUGCUGCAAUCGGCUGUUCCUGGAGACGGUCCACAACAAGAAUUCCGAGUACACCAGCCUAUUUGACAGACGAAUCAAGCUUAUUGGUGCCCAGAACAAGUCACAGCUGGCAGUCGAUACGGACAACGAGAUCCGGCUCGAGGAGAGCCUGCGUACAGAGCGGUCGCUGAGCAUUGACGAGCUUAUCUUUGACGUCAAGCGGCUGGUGACGCUUGCGCAGCUGCAUCAGACACUCGAGUGGCUGCUGAUGCAGCUGACCAAGAUCUCGGAAGACCGCGCCAAGGUUUUGGCCAAGAACCACGAAAAGGCGACGGCCGCGGCACUGCUCAAGAAGCACGAGGCUGACCGGGCUGAGCUGGUCGACAAGUACCACCGGCUGUCGGUCAAGUGUCUGAUUGUGCUGCGUAUCGAGGUGCGCGCACACUGUACGUAUUAUCUGGAUCUUGCCACGCGCGAGGGAGACUACGCAUCGGCCUUGAUUGCCAACUCGAUGGAGCCCGACACAUACAUUCAGUCACUCAACGCCGACAUUUCUACGAUCGAGGAGAAGAUGGAGAGCUGCUUGCCAGCAGACCGCCUAAACCUGGUGUUUGGCGGUAUCUCGAUCCUGAUGGCACACACGCUGAUCACGAACAUCCGGCAUAUCCGGCACUACAACGAAUCGGGAAGUCGCAAGAUGACGCGCAACAUCCUGGCUCUGCAGCAGAACCUGACCAACAUUGCGCUGCCGGAAGAGGGCGGACUGGAUCGGGCGCUCAAGUUCUACGAGCUGUACAACCUCGGUGCAGACGGAAUUCUCAAGCAUAUCGCAGACAAUGGAGCCAUGUUCUCGCUAGAAAACUACCGCCAGCUACUGGAGCUUAUUUACAGCAACAGCGACGGACACAAUGGUGGUCGUGUUGGAGGCAGCUCAGGGAGAGCCAGCAGUCUGCUGGAGGCACGGCUGUAUGAACAGUAUGAGGCACACGUGAGGAGGCUGCGCGAGCUUCUUUCACAAGCGCACAGCGGCGGAGCACGGCCUAGAUCGGCAGUGCAGCAGCAGCAACAGGCAGCAGCACGGGCCCCACCAGUCCAGACGGCAGCCCUUCAGAAGUAG